AUGAGUGUCCUUCUGGAGACAACUGUAGGAGAUGUGGUUAUCGAUGUUGAUUUCGAAAAGUAUCCCGUUGAGGCCUUCAAUUUCAUCAAGCAGUGCAAAAGCGGCUUCUUCAAAUACCAAUGUUUCUACAACCUAAAUAAAAACUAUUCCAUAGAGUGCGGCGAUGCUUUGAUUGGAAACGAACUGAGGAGCUCGCUUAGAACCCACGAUUGCUCAAUUAACGGUCUUCUAAACGUAGGGAAAGAUGCGUCUGAUACAAUGCUUAAGUCUUCUCAACAGUACUUGAAAACGAGAGAGGCUAAAUUUGGAGACGUCGGGUACCUCACAUCGCUCUUAGAUGACCAAGUACCUGUGGUGGGUUCAAGAUUCAUAUUCGCGCUGGCAGAACCCGUCAGUUCUUAUGAUGACACAGUUUUUUUUGGAAAGGUGACUUCAGAGACUUUAGCAGUGCUCAAGCUCUGGGAAACAAAGGAUGUGGAUAGCUCCAAAAGACCAAAAGUUGACAUUCGUAUCAAAAUGGCACAUAUCCUGCACGAUCCCUUUCCUGAUCCGGAUGGAUUCCAUGCUUUCAACGUUAGCUUGCCUAAUGGCGAUAUAAGACUGCCCCCAGAUGUCAAGCUCGAAGCUGAGAAGGAAACAUUGGAACAAAGGCGUGCUACACAGAUGCGCAGUACUGAAAUGACGCUCGAAAUAUUAGGUGACAUUCCAUUUGUGGGAAUCAAACCUUCGGAAAGAGUCCUUUUCGUCUGCAAGCUUAACAAAAUGACACGAGCAAAAGACUUAGCGGUCAUCUUCCACCGAUUUGGGUCCAUCGACACUAUAGAGAUCGUACACGACAAAGAGAGUGGGGCGUCGCUAGGCUACGGGUUCAUAGAGUUCAGCGAUAAAAAAUCGUGUGAAACGGCACUUUCCAAGAUGGACGGGGCCUUGAUAGACGAUCGCAGGAUACAUGUUGACUUCUGUCAAAGUGCUAAGAAAUCGGGCCACUAA